UAUAUUUCUCAAAUAGUGUAAGUCUUUUAUUCGUGAACAGUGUAGGGUUUAUGUUUUAAUCCAUUAGGGUUAUUGCCUCAUUGAGGUUCAGAAGCUUUUUGCUCUUUGUGACCAGAAUCUUGAAUGGUUCAAAGAAUAAUCAAAGUGCAUCUUAAGGAUCAUCGAUCUGGACAAGAAAAAAGUUGUCUGGGUUCAAGCUGCCAUGACUUUGUUGACUUGCUCUGUAUUGUUCUUACAAUGCAUUUGGGGACAAUUGUGAGAUUGCUUGAGAAUCACAGAAGAUUACGACAAGUUGUCUUCAUAUAUAGGUUGUAUACCCUUAAUGAAUAUUGUUGAUAUAAUUUUAGUUUUUCUUCAAAACUAAAACAAUAACAAAUAAAAAGAAACAGAAAAUAAAUAAAAAAAUCAAAUCCUUCUUUCGUAGUUUCACCGUUUCGCCGAUCUCAAUGACAUUUACAAAACUGUUGUUGACAUAAGCAGCGAUAAUUUAUUAGAGAGAGCAUCAUCGACCAUCAACUAUACAAUUUAUAAAAAGGUAAUUUAUAUUACCUCGACAUCGAAGGUACCGUUUCGAACCACUGAGGUACAUGUUGAAUUGGUAACAUGAGCUCUAAUUUAAUUAUACUUAAACGCUAAACAAUAACUGUACGAUUCCGGUUUAGACCGGUUCACUAAAUAAUUGAAGAAACUAGAACCGGAUCUAGCGUUUAUGGGGGAAACACAAAGUCUCGUUUGAUUUCUUCCUAGUCCCAACGAUAGUAAUUAUUGGUUACACACCUCGAGACUUGUAACUCUAAUUAUCCAUCAAAAGGGAAGCUCAAAAGAUUCAAUUUUUGUGAGGCUUAUUUUUUUAAUUCUGCGCUCAUUUUCUCUCAUCUUUUGUGAAGUUUUUUUUUUCUUCUAGAAUCUCCAAUGGAUCAAAUAUUCGAGAAUAGAAUGAUCAAUGUUCUUCUUGCACAUCAUUUGGACAAGAAAAAGGUUGUCUGGAUUCAAUCUGGUAAUGAUUUUGUUGAUUUGCUUUAUAGUUUUCUUACCAUGCCUUUGGGAACCAUUGUGAGGUUGCUUGAGAAUCACGGAAUAUUAAGAGAAAAAGUCAGCGUAGGUUGUCUCAACAACCUUUACAAAAAUUAACAUGCAUGUACAUCCUGAAAUCACACAAAUCGAAGAAAAAAAUCUUGAAAUCGAAAGUGUAUUCCUCAACCGAAACCCUAAAAUCACCAAUUUGGUUUCAUGUGUAAACUAUCAACCGACUUUAUGUGUCCAUUGUCUUUGCAAAGCAAAUCAUGCAGAGAAUUUUUUAGUACUUUUGAUACUUCAAGAUGUAGCUGUGGAAACUUGAUGAACAAAGAGAUUUCGUUGUAACCCGAAGGAGAAGAAUUUGCAAGCAGAUUGGGAGGUUGUAAUGAUUAUGAUGGAGUCUUUGUCCAUGGUGAUGGAAAUUUUGCAUUUGUAAUGAGUGAUGAUUUGAUAAUCGAGAAUUUUUCUUGGGAUCUUUUCCUGAAACCUGUCAAGGAUUUAGGCUGCGUUAACGUUUUAGAUGAGUUGGUAGAGGGUGAAGCAGAAAUUGGCUUCCGGUUUGCUAAAUAAUUGAAGAAACCCGAACGACUCAAAGUCACACGUUUGGUUAAUUGGUUUGAUGUUUAAAUCAUCACGAUUAUACAUGAAACCUCUUCGUAGUACAUAUUCCAAGUCAUAGUAAUUAUUGACUAUACUUCUCUAAUGGUUCAAAGAAUAUCAAAGUACUUCUUUAGGAUCAUCCGGACAAGAAAGUUGUUUGUGUUCAAUCUGGCAAUGACUUUGUUGACUUGCUCUGUAAUUAUUAGAACUCAACUCAUUUGUAAGUUUGACACCAUCAAACAAUUUUCCUAGAUCCGCCACUGGAUAUUCUUUUAGGUUUCUGCGCAUGGAUCAGAUGGUGGAAUCUAAAAAGUGGGAUGUAGGUUUGACGAAAGAGGAUGAGAGGGUGAUGAUAUAGUACUCAUUCUUCGAAAGAUCUAUUGGAAGUAUUUGCCAAUCUUUGUUAUAUAUUGAUUUGUUAGUCAAACAUGAAAGUUCAAGUUAAAUUGUUUUUGUUGACCCUAAUAUUAAAAUUCUAGAUCAAAAUGCACAGUAAAAGUCUAUGCAGUUGGAUCGGUUAUUGUAUUGGCCAAGUCUUUUCAUAUG